AUGUAAUCAUUAUCUGUGAAAAAUACAAAAUAUCAAAUACAAUAUAGAGAAUGGUAAUUAUAUAAAAUAGAUCUCCAGGAGUUAUUCAUGUCAUCAGAGAAGACUUAGUGAAAUAAAUAAUAGAAAAAAUAGUAAUGAUAAGAACUAUAUCAAUAUCAUUGAAUCUAGUAGAAGGAAUAAAUUUUUUAAUUCAAGAAGAAAAGAAAUAAAAAAAUAAGAAGAAAUUCUAUCUUAAAAUAAAAAGUUACUUAAUAAAAUAGUCAAUAUCAAGUCUAGUUUUUAUCGAUCGGUUAUUUUUAGAUUUAAUUUAAUAGUCAUCUAGGUAAUCUAUAAGUAGUAAUUGUUCUAAACAAUCUUCAAGAUCUAUUGAAUAAAAAGAAAAGAAUAUCUAACGUAUUAAGGACAAUCAAAUUACAAGAUAAAAGAUAUCUUAAAUGUGUAUAAGCUGAUAUAAUAUUUCAGUAAGUCUACUUUUAAGUCAAUUCCAACAGAGAGGACCAGCCGAGAUUCUCUUCGAAGACCUAUAUACUAGAUAGAGAAUACCUAAAAAAAAGAGAAAUGUCUUUAAGUCUAAAAGAUUAGUUAAGUACGAUUACUCUCUUUUCCUUCUGUGAGAGGCAAUAAUAAACCCAAAAUAUUUAAUCCAGAUAAUACAGGGAUAGGCAAUACAUUACCAGCAAUAAAAAAACAUAACUAUUAAAUCAUAGCAAGGAUGCUCAAAGAUAAAUUGUAUAAUAACUGAUUACUUAUAUUAAUGAAUAAUUAUUUUAGAAAAACAAUCAUUUUGAAGAAGAAAAAUAAUUCUUCUUGAUGUGUUACGAUAUGCCAAUCCUUAACAAACUCACAUAAUUGAUUAUAUUUAAUGUACAAUACAAAAAUGAGAUGAAGAAUUAAGGCAAACAUUCAAAUUCCCACUAAAACUCUAGUAAGCCAGAUUCAAUCUUUAAAGAAUAUGAAGCAUUAUCAACCGAAUAAAAAUUGAAAGAGAAGAAUCAUUUUAUUUUUCUUUGGAUAGAAACUUCAAUAAUAAUUCAUUUAGAAUAUCUACAUCUCUUAAAGAACAUGACUAUAAAAGGUAAAUUGGGAUUUUGA